AUGGGAACGUCGAACUAUGGCGGCCGCAAUGGGGGACCAGGCCCUGCGGCGAACCUGUUUUCCAGCUCCAAGGAGGACAUCGAAGCCGACGACUUUCUCCACGAUCCCAACUACAAGCGGCGCGAGGAUGGAUGCGUGUUCUGGUCUCCCCGUGGCUUCCUCAACGUGAUAUCCGUCAUCAUCCUCGUUUGCGGGCUACUCGCUCUCUUUGCGGGCUAUCCCAUCAUCUCCUACCUGACGCGACGGCACGGCGACAAGAUGGGCGGCUUCAACCUCGGGGGAACAAACGGGACGGGCCAGGUGCCCGUCAUCUCGCAGCUCCUCGGUCUGCAGGACAGAGACACACCGUCGAGCGCGAGAACGUGGACUUCUGCCACGGGGACGAAGUACAAUCUCGUGUUCAGCGACGAGUUCAACGAGGAAGGAAGGACGUUCUGGCCGGGCGACGACCCCUUUUGGGAGGCUCAGGACCUCUGGUACGGUGCCACGGGCGAUCUCGAAUGGUACACGCCCGAAGCCGUCAACACGACGAAUGGCGCACUGCAAAUCACCAUGACCGACAUUCCUGCACACAAUCUCAACUUCCAGUCGGGCAUGGUGCAGAGCUGGAACAAGUUCUGCUUCCAGGGUGGCUAUAUUGAGUUCAACGCCGUCCUGCCAGGAAGCAUGCAGGAAACGGGUUACUGGCCCGGUCUCUGGCUUCAGGGCAAUCUUGCCCGGGCCGGCCACCUGGGCACCACCGAUGGCAUGUGGCCGUACUCGUACAACUCGUGCGACUCGGGCAUCCUCCCCAACCAGACGGCACCAGGCAGGCCAGGCUACGAUGCUGUCAGCACAAGUGCAGACAAGUACAGUAACAACAUCGGCCUCAAUUGGCUGAGUGGCAUGCGCACGCCCGCAUGCACCUGCGCUGGCGAAGACCACCCAGGACCCAACGUCAACGUCGGCCGGUCUGCACCGGAGCUCGACAUCCUCGAGGCCCAGGUGCACAGCAAUGUGGGCGAGACGUCGCAGUCGCUGCAAAUCGCGCCAUUUGACCUCGAGUACAAGUGGGAUGAGGAUCUGGCGACGAUCACUGACACCACCCAAACGCGCUUCAAUCCCUACACGGGCGGACAUUACCAAGAAGCCCUGUCUAGCCUGACUAAGAUACAGGAUAAGUCGUACGCCAAGAGCGGCAACGAAUUCACGAGAUUCGGCGUCGAGUUCACCCCCGACUUUACCGGUGGCGGCAAAGGCCAGGUGACGUGGUACAUGGACGGUCAGACGACGUGGAAAGUGACGGAAGCCUCGGUGCCACCGGUGCAGGCCAUCGACAUCGGGCAGCGUCUAGUCCCCCAGGAGCCCAUGAGCAUCAUCAUGAACCUCGGCAUCUCCAAGGGCUUCCAGACAAUCGACUUUAGUUCUCUCGUCUUCCCUGCCACCAUGAGAAUCGACUACGUCAGGGUGUACCAGCCAUCUUCGUACAGCUCGCCAAAGACGUCGUGCGACCCUCCGGACUUCCCUACAAAAGACUACAUCGACCGUCACAUGGACGUCUACACCAAUCCCAACUUGACCACCUGGCCGCACGGGCUUGCUCGUAACCGGCUCACGGACAACUGUUGA